AAAAGCGCACGGAGACACAAAACAUUCUCAUUUUAAAUCGUUACUCAAACGCCUCAUCAGCUAUUCCUGCUCGGCCGAUCGAGUGGUUUCGUCACUCGAUGUCAAAAGCUGUUAUAAACUAACAUGGACAUCAACAAAGCAAAAAGCAUUAUAUUAGCUACCUUAUUUGUGGUUACACUAUUAUCAUGCCUACUGCCAUUGAAGUUAAUGGAUACCAUCCGUCAUGUUGCAGACCCUGUUCGGAAAUUAAGGUAUACAAGAAUUAUCAGUCUGUUAAACUGUUUUGCUGGUGGAGUUUUUCUUGGAACUUGCCUGCUAGAUCUAUUUCCAGAAGUCCAAGAUAACAUGAAUGAUGUUAUGACUGCAUUAAAAAUUAGCAGCUCAUUCCCUGUUGCUGAAUUUCUAGUUGUCUUAGGACUCUUCAUUGUUCUUAUUGUGGAACAAAUUUCCCUUGACUGUAGAUCUGAAUCCACCAGGUUAGAGGAGGAGGAAAGAGAAUCUUUGCUUCAAGGUUCUGUACGGAAUGCAAAUGAACCCAGCGGAGAUCCAGAAGUGACAUUUCAGUAUGGAACUGUACAGCCUAUCAAUGAAGCAGCCCAUCACAGUCAUAGCCAUGAUAAUUCUAAUUCAACAAAUUCUUCACUUCGGGCUCUGUUAUUGUCAAUAGCUCUGUCCUUACAUUCCAUUUUUGAGGGAUUGGCAAUAGGUUUACAAAAGAAUGUGGAGUCGGUUCUCCAGAUCUUUGCAGCUGUAGUGCUACAUAAGUGCGUGAUAGCAUUUGGUCUCAGCCUUAACCUCGUUCAGAGCAAACUUCGAACAAGAGUGAUAGUUCAACUAACUCUAAUAUUUUGUCUAGCCGCUCCGAUUGGUAUGGGAAUCGGAAUGGGAGUCGAAUUGCUCAGUAAUUCUCUCGAAGCUACAAUACUAAGUGGUAUUUUGCAAGGCAUGGCUUGCGGCACAUUCCUUUACGUCACCUUUUUCGAAGUACUUCCACACGAGUUAAAUAGCAGUGAUCUUAGAACGCCAAAAAUGAUCUUCAUUAUCCUGGGUUUUGCUGCGUCUUGCGCAAUUGUCUUCCUUGAUCCUGAAACGGCAAAACCGAGAUGUCCCUAGCCAAUAAAGUUUCCAUGUUUCUUUUAUCUCUCUAGAGAAACAAUCUCAACUCAACAGGAAUAUUUACAAAAUAUUCUUGAUAUUUGUCAAAAACUUGACUAAUUUUUGAAAAAUAUGUGUAUUUUGAAAUUAAGCCGAUAAGCAUCGUUCAUAAAUAAAAACCUGUAAAUAAGUUGUA